AUGGCAACUCCAGUACAGAACCAGAAGGCCCUGGAUCUUUUCAUCCUGAUGCCAGUGUCCUCAGACAUGGUAUCGUACCUUGCACAACAGGCCCAUGCUGUCAUAAGGUGCGAACAUCAGUCUUUCCAAACGGACAAAGACCUGCCACCGACCCCACCGACGACCCCACCCAACGACGAAACCAAAUCACUGUCACAGUCUGCUCUGCCAUCGCUGGAAGAAUUCAUUCAGUCUCUCGUUGAUAAGUCUCGUGUCCAGGUACCUACCUUAAUGAGCUCCUUGAUCUAUCUCUCCAGACUGAGGGAGCGUUUACCACCUGUGGCCAAAGGCAUGCGAUGCACUGUCCACAGGAUUUUUCUUGCUUCCCUCAUCCUUGCGGCCAAGAACUUGAAUGACAGUUCGCCCAAGAACAAACAUUGGGCUCGCUAUUCUUCUGUCAGGGGCUACGAUGGGUUUGGCUUCUCCAUAACAGAAGUCAACUUGAUGGAAAAGCAACUACUAUUCCUUCUGGACUGGGAUCUUCGAAUCACGAAUGAUGACCUCUUCAUGCAUUUUGAACCGUACCUCGCUCCUAUCCGCCAGCAGCAAGCACAAAAGGAGCAAAGCCGCCGGAAGCAUGUCAGGGAGCCCGCGACCCUUCAGCAACAGCGUGCUUACUAUUCAAAACCCCAACCUCAGCGUGCUUAUGCUUCGACAAGUUCCCUUCCUCUCCUACCUGGUCAGCCACAGGCUGUGGGCGUUUACGCAACUCCACCAAGCUUCUCGUCCUCAGCAUACCUCUCGGAUCUAGAACGAUUCUCAGUCUCUCAUCCUUCUGCUCAAUCCACCUCGGAGCUUCCCCUUCGAUCGACUCGGCGACCUACACCGACUCACCGUCAACGAUCGGUCUCCCCACCUUCCGCAGAAUCUGUCCCUGCCCUAUCUCGCCCAGGCACUUCCACGGACAGUUACAGCUGUUCUUCUCGCUCCACUUCUGCCUCUCCUCCUUCGACCACACAUAGCACUCCUGGCUCCCUCGCUUCAUCUUAUGGCGGGGAGCACGACGCUUUUGUGCCGAUCAUUGGGAGAGACGAUGGGGGUGCGAUCACCGACAGCAUGUACAAGUUACGGCCCACGUUGGGUCAGCACCAAUUGAGUGCUUACGAAGACAAGCCAGCGAAGAAAAUGAGGACAGGAAUGGGAGGAAACAUCAUUAGCAGGUUCCUCAAUUCAACGCAGCCAUACCGCGUACGAGCUUGA